CCCAGUUGCCUCUAAUGGCGUCGUUGCCAUUCAAGCCCCUCGAUCCUCUCUUCUCCCCCAUUUCGUCUCUUCCAAGCCUUCGAAGUAGAAACCUUGUUCUUCUCCGGAGUCUCAAUUCUCACAGUCCUUCACUCCAACCCCAGUCGGAUUCUAGACCUGCGGAACUAUGGCAGGAAUCCAGCGAGAAGAAGAGGAGGAGGAGGAAGCCCAAGCCGGAUUUUUACAAGCAAACCAUCCAGCGAUGGUCUGCGAAGAUCUCCUCCCCGAGGACGCAAUUCCCAUGGCAGGAGCGGCAAGAAGACGAGAAAGAUGAGUGUUUGGAUUCAGGUACGCAGACAAACCUUUCUACAACCGAGGGCAUUGAUACUAGGUUUAAUUUGAUGGAUGAUAUGGUGAAUUUUUCUACGGAUGGUGUGAAGUUUGAGGAAUUUACUGAUGGGAUUGUUCCUCCGAGUAGUAAGAUCACUUCGUCUGAGCUUGUAGAUGAGAAGCUAUUAGUUGUUGAAAAUUCGAGCUUGCCCUCGGGGCGUCAUCGAGUGUUGGCCCCUUGGGACCAUGGAGUGAAACCGAGAAAACCUCCGUUGGACUCCAUUGUUGAAAACUUGACGGCUCUCGGUGAUCCCAUUGUUGUUGAAGAGCUUGACGAGGAUGAGAAGCAUGAAGCUGCAUUGGAGAAAAAGAGUUUUGAUGAGGAUUCGAUAGUUUUUUAUGGAAUUGAUCAGCUUUCAUCUGUUUCUGAGGAUAAGAAGACAUUGAACGCCAAAACUACAAGCUUUUGUUCCAAAAAUGAUGUGAAUGAUCGCAUUGAAAAUUAUUCUGAUCCUGAAGUUAAAGGACCUCUAUUGUCUGGUCUUAAGUUUAAUGCUAGGAAUGAGAUAAGUAGGGUAAGUUUAGUUGUUGACAAGCUGAAAAGGUCUUUGGAUCAACAUAGUUCAGACCAGGAUCAAAAUAAGAAGCAACUGAAUUCAACUAGUUAUACUGACAAGCUAAUGGCUUCAGUGUCAUUUCCCUGGGAGAGAGGUAAUGACAGCACCCAAGGUGAGGGUUUGCGCAGGAGGAGUAACACUGAACUUGCGGAGAGAACCAUUCCAGAGCUAGAAUUGCAGAGGCUUAGGAAUGUUGCUUUGAGGAUGAAGGAGAGGAUGAAGGUGGGAGCAGCAGGGGUGACAGAGGCUCUGGUAAAAAGUAUUCACGAGAAGUGGAAAGAGGAUGAGGUGGUCAAAUUGAAGUUUGAAGGUCCCCCAACAUUGAACAUGAAGAGGACCCAUGAGACUUUAGAGAGAAAAACGGGAGGUCUUGUGAUAUGGAGGUCUGGCAGCUCACUUGUGUUGUACCGGGGAAUGAGCUAUGAACUUCCUUGUGUUCAAUUAUAUUCAAAACUUGCUAAUGUUGAAGCUGAACAGGAAAAUGUACCUUCCUUAAUGACAGAUGUGGUUAGGGUUUCCGUAACAUGUAAUGUAGAUAACUUGAUUUCUUUUCCAAGACCAUCUGAAGGAUCAGAAGCAUCUAAUGCUGACAGCAUGAACUCUUUUCCAAAUUCAUCGAAAUGGACUGUUGAUAUUCUUGAAAUAGACAGUUUGCUUGAUCAGUUGGGGCCACGAUUUAGGGAUUGGUCUGGGCGUAGUCCAGUACCUGUUGAUGCUGAUUUGCUUCCUGGUGUAAUUGCCGGUUACAAACCACCAUAUAGGCUUCUUCCUCACAAGACACGUAGAAGUCUUCGAGACAGAGAUGUAACAUUUUUCCGUAGGCUUGCCAGAGGAAUGCCUCCUCAUUUUGCCCUUGGGAGAAACAGGCAACACCAGGGUUUGGCUAAUGCCAUGGUGAAGCUAUGGGAGAAAAGUGUUAUUGCGAAAAUUGCCAUCAAGAGGGGUGUGCCAAACACAUGUAAUGAUAGGAUGGCUGAAGAACUCAAGAACUUAACAGGGGGAGUACUUCUCUCAAGGAACAAGGAGUAUAUUGUCUUCUAUAGGGGAAAUGACUUCUUGCCACUUUCCAUUAGAAAUACUUUAAUAGAAAGGCAGAAGCUAGCAGAUGCUCAACAAGAUGAGGAAGAAGAAGCCAGAGCAAGAGCUUCCACAUUGAUUGCUGCAACCGCUAAAACUAUCAAGGGCCCAUUAGUUGCUGGUACCCUUCAGGAGUUUGUGAAAGCAAACACUCGCUGGGCAAACCAACCAAGCAAUGAAGAAAGGGAGAAGAUGAGGAGAGAACUGGUUUUAGCUAAGCAUGCAGGUGCAAUCAAGUUUCUUGAGAGAAAGCUAUUUUUUGCACAAUUAAAAGUUAAGAAGGCCGAGAAGGCUUUAGCAAAAGUGCAGGAAUUUCUGAAGCCUGCAGAACUCCCAACUGAUAUAGAAACUAUUACAGAUGAGGAACGGUUCUUAUUUCGCCAGAUGGGUCUUAAAAUGAGAGCUUUUCUACUUGUGGGUCGGCGAGAAGUCUUUGAUGGUGUUAUAACAAACAUUCACUUGCACUGGAAGCACAGGGAACUAGUCAAAAUAAUAGUGAGAGGAAAAAGUUUUCCCCUAGUGAAGCACAUGGCAAUCUCUCUUGAGGCGGAGAGUGGUGGUUUGUUGAUUUCACUUGAUAAAACCACUAAAGGUUAUGCGAUAAUCCUCUACCGAGGUAAGAACUAUCAACGGCCACUUACGGUAAAACCCCCAAAUCUAUUGACAAAGAGACAAGCAUUAGCCCGCGCCAUAGAACUUCAGAGACGUGAGGCCCUGCAUCAUCAUAUAUUAAAUCUGCGGGAUAAAAUCUAUGCGAUGAAAUCACACCUGUAUCAAAUGCAGUAUGGACAAGAAUCUGGUAAUGGAAUGGAUCUAAGAGUUGAUGAUGGGGCUUACCCUACUGAUGAUGUCGAGGAUGAAGGCGAAGAGGCAUACUUUGAAACAUACAACAGUGGCGGUGAGGAAGAUGAUACUUACACACAGUGAUUGCUGGAGUUCCUCGUCGGAGGUGACCAUUCUAUAAAAAGGUUCAUGUGCAGGGUCUUAUUGUUUUGGUAUUACUUGUUAUCUUGUCUAUUUUAAAAUCUGUCAACUCUGAAAUUUCACAACUGCCAUGAACUCUGACAAAAAUUAUUUCCCUGCCAAAUGAAAGGUUGAGGGCUCAACUGAGGUUCGAAGCAAA